AGGAGCUGGUGCUAAAGCGGCGCGUCAGGGAUACUGCCGCCUCAGUCCAUAUGCGCACCAAUGACUCGGGCGCGCCGCACCAGAGUUUCUUCUGUUCGAGGAGAGAAGACGAGGAGGACUUUGCUUGGUGAACGAAAAUAACGAAAAAGCGAAGUGGCACUCUGAUCUGCAACCGAGGAGGCUGGCAGGGAAACGGUGGAAUGAUUUUAGCCAGCCAGGCUUGACGCAUAAUUCCGCCAAGCUGUUCGAGAGAGAGAGUCUUGCCUGCUUCAACUCAAAUCCUCACCAGAGAAGAUUUACCGAGGACUGCUGUCUGAUUCACACGCCCUCAUAACGGGGAAUGCCAAUUUAUUUGACCCAUUCCACUGCAUAGCAAAGGAGGUGGCACUAUAUGAAGACAUGGUGAUCAUUUGAAACUACAAAGGCUAUUUUCGUCUUUUUGUAAAGACACAAUUGUAAAGCUCUGUCACUGCAUAGGCUAAAACCCCUAUUUGAUGAGCACCGAGACGUGGACGGAACUUGCCAAUAUGGCUAUUUGAUCAUUCCGUUAUAGCUACCGGAGAGUUGGAGUCAUGAUGACAGCACUCCUGCUGGUCUCGCGGCCCGCCUGCUGCUGAUGUUAACGUCUAGGAUGUCUUUAACGGUCUCAGGAUCCAGAACCAACCGAUUUAUCAAUGGAGGAGGAGAGUGACACCCGCAAGAUCAACAACAGCUUCCUACGCGACCAAAACUAUGCCACUGAAGCUGACAUCAUCUCCACUGUGGAGUUUAACCCUUCGGGGGAGCUGCUGGCCACAGGGGACAAAGGAGGAAGAGUGGUGGUCUUCCAGAGAGAGCAGGAGACUAAAAGUGAGCCCCAGAGGCGAGGGGAGUAUAAUGUUUACAGUACGUUCCAGAGCCAUGAGCCAGAGUUUGACUACCUGAAGAGUCUGGAGAUAGAGGAGAAGAUCAACAAGAUAAGAUGGCUGCCGCAGCAGAACGCUGCUUACUUCCUCCUCUCCACCAAUGAUAAGACAGUGAAGCUCUGGAAGAUCAGUGAGAGAGACAGACGACCAGAGGGAUACAACCUGAAGGAUGAAGACGGACGAAUCAGAGACCCAUCUACAAUCACCUCACUACAGGUGCCUGUCCUCCAGCCCACAGAUCUGAUGGUGGAGGCGACAGCGCGGCGUGUUUUCAGUAAUGCCCACACCUACAACAUCAACUCCAUCUCCGUGAACUCUGACCUCCAGACCUACAUCUCCACCGAUGACCUCAGGGUCAACCUGUGGAACCUGGAGAUCACCAACCAGAGCUUCAACAUUGUGGACAUUAAGCCGGGUAACAUGGAGGAUCUGACGGAGGUGAUUACAGCAGCAGAGUUCCAUCCUCAACAGUGCAACACCUUGGCCUACAGCAGCAGUAGAGGGUCAGUACGACUCUGUGACACGAGGAAACAGGCGCUCUGCGACACACACUGCAAGUUCUUUGAGGAGCCAGAGGACCCCUCCACUCGUUCAUUUUUCUCAGAGAUCAUCUCUUCCAUCUCAGACAUCAAGUUUAGUCACAGCGGUCGCUUCCUGAUGACACGGGACUACCUGACAGUCAAGGUGUGGGACCUCAACAUGGAGACCAGACCGGUCCAGACAUACCAGGUCCAUGACUACCUGAGGGGGAAGCUGUCUUCUCUGUACGAGAACGACUGCAUCUUUGACAAGUUUGAGUGUGUCUGGAAUGGGUCAGACAGUGUCAUAAUGACGGGGUCGUAUAAUAAUUUCUUCCGGAUGUUUGAUCGGAACACCAAGAAAGAUGUGACCCUGGAGGCUUCCAGAGAGAACAGCAAACCCCGGGCCAUCCUCAAACCACGCAAGGUGUGUGUUGGAGGGAAGCGUCGUAAAGACGAGGUGACUGUUGACAGUCUGGACUUCAGUAAGAAAAUCCUCCACUCCACCUGGCACCCACACGAAAACAUCAUCGCCGUGGCAGCCAGUAACAACCUCUACAUCUUCCAGGACAAGGUCACCUAGGGGUCAGCUUACCUCUGACCACUAACCCCUGACCCCACGCAGGGGGAGAGAUGGAGGGAGAGACUGAGAGGAUGGAGGGGAGUUAGAGAGACAGAAGGGGAGAGGGAUGGAGGAAAAGAGAGAGAAAGAGAGAUGGAUGUUUGUUUACCUCUUCGCUAAGCGUUCCUCCUCCUCCUCUCUUGCCUGCCUUGUUGAUGUGAGUCUGAUAUGGCUGGAAGGAAUGCUGGAAUUCUCAGAAUGCACUUGGGAAUUCCCACUCCAAAUGUGAGAGUGUUCAGCCUGGAUAAAGUUAGGAAGAAGACAGAUGCUUCUUCUAGGCCUGAGUGGAAUGAAACUAGCCACCUGCUCUGGCCUGCACAAGCCUCUCCAUGGCCUUCAGUUAACUGUUUUAGUUAUUUGUUUGGAUGACACGUGAAGGAGCGCUGAAGCGUUGUUAUGCAACCAGACUAAGACUGGACUGGACUGGAGUCACAGAUCAUCUGAGAUUAAAUGAGACGUAGCAGAACACUCUGUCUGACCAGGCGCCAUUUUGUUUCCGUUACAAGAUAAGACAGGAGACUAUGGAGAGAACACAGACCUUUAUGGAGGUUAAUGAAUUAUCUCCUGUCCUCUCCGGCCACUAGGCCACAUCUGUCCCGUCCCGUCCGGAGGUUUAGACAGGAGGUCACUGGACAUGGACAUGACUGUUACACAACUAACUGAACCUUCAAUAUAGCACUGAAAUGGGUCUGACUCACAGUAUCCUCAUUUACAUACUACCAACUGUAAACCGGUAUGCUAAGUGUGUAUAUUGGGACCAACACAGUCUGAGAGUGUGGAUGUUUCGGCCUGUUUCUGACUUUAAUAAUGUGAAUGAUGUGAUGAGGCCAGAUCCAUGUUUUUAUUUUAUUUCAUGAUGUUGUUUUUUCUGUGAGUCUUUUUCUUGUCAAUGAUUCAGUUUUUGAAGCUGUGGUGCCUUUCUUUUGGUAUGUGGGGUUGAUGGGGAGGAUGGGG